AUGUGGAGACCCAACGGAAAUAUUUUAAAUGAUGACGGCUUUGAGAACAUGACGACGACAUCAUCGUUUUCUACCAAGCGGGUGUUUGAGUCUCGUGAUGAGUUGAUGGAAUGGGUGCAAAACAUUGCAUUCUCUCUUGGUUCGUAUAUCAAACAAUAUGACGGUUGGACCCUCAGGGUGAUAUGUGAUCAACAUAACCAUCCACUUGCACAAUAUAUGGAGGGACAUGCUUUUGCUAGGCGGUUGAAAGAACACGAGAAACAAUUGGUAGCUGACUUGACAAAUCUAAAUGUUACACUACAUGACAUACUCUCGAUAAUAAAGGAGCGCGACGAGAAUAAUGUGUCUACACUAAAAACCAUAUACAAUGAGCGUCUUAAGCUUCGCUCGUCUCGGAAUUACGGAAAAACUCCAAUGCAGGUUCUAAUGGAAAUGUUGAACGAGAAACAUUUUGUUACGGAUUUCUCGGUAAACAGUAUUUCAAAUGAAUUGGAAAAUCUUUUCUUCAUUCAUCCACGGUUGUUGAAUAUAUGGAAGGCAUUUCCACACGUUUUGAUUAUAGAUGCAACAUACAAGACCAACAAAUAUGGUAUGCCUUUUGUUCAGAUUGUUGGCACAACUUCAACCAACAAGACAUUUAGCAUAGCUUUUGCCUUUAUCGUUAAUGAAAAGGAGGAUAACUAUAAUUGGGUGUUAACGUGUCUAAAGUCCACACUAGAGAAGUGCAUGCACCCACAUGUUAUAGCCACAGACAGGGAAUCGGCACUGAUGAACGCAUGUCAACAAGUUUUCCCCGGUGCCACUCGGUUACUUUGUAGAUGA